AUGGGCCUCCUGAGGACGGUGGCCCUGGGGAUUCUGGGGAUCUCCGGUCUGACAUUCGUGGCUCUGUUUGGGAGACUGCCGGUUUUUAGGAAAACACCUAUCAGCUUCCUCUAUAAGGUUAUUUGGAAAUAUAUCCCAAAUGGCAUAUCUCACUUCGACAACCGCCUGCUGGGUGGAUGUCUUACAUUCUGCUGUAACCGAACCGGCAAAUACGUAUGGAACGAGAACCAUCCACUAGUUCUAAUUUUCUUCUUGUCGCUGCUUAUUACCGGAGAAUACCUGUUUAUCCCAACCGCGUGGCCUCGGAUCUCCACCAUCCAUAAAAUCUGUGCACCACCGGUUGCGGCUCUCCCGUAUUUCCACUUGUAUGCGUGCGUCGUCUCCACGUCCUACAUCACCCCGGAGAACCAUGCGCAAGAGAUGACUCGUUAUCCCUACGACGGGGUCAUCUUCCACCCGGGACGUUAUUGCCCAACGUGCAAAUUCGUUAAACCAGCACGGAGCAAGCAUUGCAGUUUCUGCAAGGCGUGUGUUGCUCGACAAGACCACCACUGUGUAUGGCUGAUCAACUGCGUGGGCGCGAACAACUACCACUACUUUCUGUGUUUGCUGCUGUCCUUGUCAGCCCUGCUGAUCUACGGCUCGCUCCUGGGCCACUCGCUCCUAACUCAGACCAUGGAGGUGCUAUUCCUUCCAGAGUCUGGAUUGAAGUUGGCGCAGAAAAGCUGGACUAUGUGGUUUAAUGUUUGGUCGUUGGUUAUUGCGUCCGAAAUCCGCAUCGGAACUGUGACUUUAUUGGCGUUCAUGACGGCUCCGCUGGCGAUGGCUUUUCUUGUGUACCAUACCUACCUGGUCUGGGCUGGGAUGACGACCAAUGAAAGCGCGAAAUGGUCUGAAUGGAAAGAUGAAGUGACUGAUGGCUGCGCUUUCAAGUCUACAAAGGGAGAAAUUUACGGAAACUCGCCUGUUCCAGGUGAGAACCAGAAGCCUCAAUCGGCUUGGCCGAUGAGCAGUGAUCAGAUCCUUCUUUUGACAGACGGGGAGCCGCCAGCUGAAGGCUACAAGAUUUCGUCGAGGUCCAACGAUAUUAUCCAGCCAGAUGAUCUCGAUGCACCUUAUGAUCCGAGAUGGCUUCGCGUGCGCAGUAUGGAAGAAGUUGAUAACAUUUACGACUUGGGAUUCUGGGAUAAUCUGCGGGAAGCUUUCAAGCUACCUGUCAGCAAGAAGGUGCAAUAG